UGAUUGUAAAUGUUACAAAUAACCUGGUAGAUCCUUCUACUAUCCAUUGGCAUGGGUUAUUUCAAAGUGACACCAAUUGGUAUGACGGAGUGGCCGGUGUAAAUCAGUGUCCGAUUCCUGAUGGAUACUCAUUCGUUUAUAAUUUCACGGCUGGCAAUCAGAUCGGAACCUAUUGGUGGCAUUCGCAUUUUCUUUCCCAAUACGUCGACGGUCUUUAUGGACCUCUCAUCAUUCACGAUCCAGAAGAUCCCUUCUUGAAAGAGUACGACUACGAAUACAUUCUCACCUUAACUGAUUGGUACCAUACUCCUUCCAGCGAACUGGUCGUGCAAAGGAUGGCUCCAGGCUAUCAGGGCUUCAAU